AUGCACUCGUACGUCAAGAUGGCAGACACGGGUAUAGGGAACAUCUCGCAGAGCUUCAGAGGCCGUCGCCUCCCGUUAAGGCUCAUCUUUUCAUAUCUCUUCGACUGGAUCGUCUGCUUGGUCUUUGCUGGAAUCGGUGGUGUCUUCGACCGUCUAUCACCAGCCAAGCGGCCCUUUUCUCUUGUUGACCCUAGUAUCUCCUACCCAUUCGAGGAACAUGAACUCGUCCCCGCCUACCUCCUCUUCACCCUCGCCAUCGGCGUCCCCAUCGUCAUCGUCGCCGUCGUCUCCUUGAUCUUCGUCCCCGGUCCGACCGUCCCCAAGGGCACACCAGCCGCCCUCAUUUGGCAGCGCAAGCUCUGGGAGCUUCAUGUUGGUCUGCUGGGUCUCGUCCUCUCUCUCACUCUGUCAUGGUUCUUCACCAGCACCAUGAAGAACCUCUUUGGAAAGCCCCGGCCUGAUAUGCUUGCCCGCUGCGAGCCAGACUGGGACAACCUAAAGAAGCACAUUGUCGGUGGCUUCAGCUGGGGCAGCAUGACCGGCCAGCUCGUAGAUGCCGGUAUUUGCCAGCAGAAGGACGAGUACAAGCUCAACGACGGCUUCCGCUCAUAUCCCAGCGGCCACGCCUCCACCGCCGCGGGCGGUCUCAUCUACGCCUCGCUCUUCCUCGCCAGCAAGUUCUCCGUCACCGUUCCCUUCGUCAUGCCCUCAGCUGCUUCUGCCGCUGGAGCUACUGGGGCUGCUUCACACGCCGCCUUCCCCUCGCGCCUUGUUCGCCCCGAAAUCGACCCCUUCGAGCCGACUCGCGGCCGCGGUUUCGACGACGGAUCUGCCUCCACCUCACCUACCAAGGGCUCCCCCUUUGCUGACAAUGCCGGUCAGCACAACGCCAAGGUCCAAUCCCUGCGCCGCCAAGCCGCUGCUCCCCCGGUCUACCUCCUCGUCUUGGGACUUUUGCCCUUUGCCGUUUCCAUCUUCAUCGCUGGUUCGCGUUGGCAUGAUCGCCGUCACCACGGCUUCGACAUCCUCUUCGGUUAUCUUAUGGGACUAAUCGCCUCCAUCUUUGCUUUCCGCUACUACCAUCUCCCCAUCCGAGCCGGUGCAGGUUGGGCCUGGGGUCCCCGUAGCGAUGAGCGCGCCUUCUGGGCUGGCGUUGGUCGUCUGGGCUAUGCUGGAACUGACGAGGAGCUGGCUAUGCCGUCCCGACGGCCGACUCAGGGUGUCUCGGCUGAUACUUCAUAUCCCAUGACGUCUGCUCUCGCACAGCGCAAUGUGCGCCCUCGCGAUGAAUCGGCAGACGAGCCUCGACCCAGCCAGAACUUCCAGGACGUUGAGCUCCAGCAAAUGGAUGACAGAGGCCGGCCAGAGAACAGGUUCCCUGAGCCUCUCGACAACCGCGUGUAA